UCUGUCGUUGCAAUAGUACCGGAAUAAACAAAUGGAAACGGCGGGUACAAACGAUGGGUUCACAAGAUACGGAAUCACCGAUCCCGUGAGCACGGAUGGGCCUUCAGAAAGCGAUAGAGAGGAUACUGCGGAAUUGAUGAAGUUCCUCGUAGCACAGAACCUCUUUGAAACUGAAGAUGGUAAACGCAAAAGAGAGCGGGUUCUGGAAUCACUUAACCGUGUACUCCAACAGUUUGUUCGCAAAAAUGCAAUCAAGCAAUUGGGGAUACCGGAUGAUGAAGCGUCAAAAAUAUCAGCAAAACUACUAACAUUCGGGUCGUAUAGACUAGGUAUUGUGGCACCCAAUAGCGAUAUAGACUGCUUAUGUCUGUGCCCACAAUCGGUUACCCGAGAGUCUUUUUUCACUGACUUCUACAACGCGUUGAAGCUGCUGCCGAAUAUAACGAAACUGCAUGCAGUGCCAGAUGCCUAUACACCCGUUAUCAAACUGAUAUACGACGGAAUCGACAUUGAUCUCUUGUUCGCAAACCUGCCGGCACAAACAGUACCCGAGGAAAUAGACGUCCUGGACGAUGCCAUACUAAGGAACAUGAAUGAAGCAACUGCGCGUAGCAUCAAUGGCUGCCGUGUAGCAGCGUUAAUAUUAGCAUCAGUACCAAACAAGGAUAAUUUCAGGACUACACUGAGAUACGUCAAGCUAUGGGCUAACCGACGUGGGCUAUACACAACAGUGAUGGCAUACAUGGGCGGUGUUGCCUGGGCAAUACUCACCGCCAGGGUAUGCCAGCUGUACCCAAAUUUCCUACCAAACCAACUGAUACAAAAGUUCUUCAGGGUAUACGCGCAAUGGAAUUGGAAGUGCCCAGUGAUGUUGUGCAAGAUAAAGGAGGUACCUAACAUCCCGGGGUACAUGAGCUUCAAAGUGUGGGAUCCGAGGAAUAAUCCAACAGAUAGACAACACCUGAUGCCAGUCAUCACACCGGCAUUCCCAUCAAUGAACUCAACCCAUAAUAUCACACUAACAACAAAACGUAUACUCACUGAUGAGUUCAAACGUGCUAAUGAUUUACUUAAGGUCAAUGCCAAAGGUGCCCAAAUGAAGAACAUCUGGGAACGAGUCCUUGAAAAGGAAGAUAUGUUCGCAUCGCACAAGCAUUUCCUGGUCAUAGAGGUGCUUGCAACAACUGAACAUGUACAUGGCAAGUGGGAAGGGUGGAUUGGAAGCAGGAUGCGCUUCCUAAUCAAAAAGAUAGAAACGGUCCCCAAUAUCCUGGUGAGGCCGUGGCCAGAAUUCUUCAAGUAUGAACAUAAGGAAUGGGAUUAUGCUUCAUGCGUUUUCUUCGGAUUCAAAUGCAAGGAACCGGACAACAAAACCAAUAGCGCAGAACCCGCAAAUAAAACAUUCGAUAUGCGGAUGUCAAUCAAAGGGUUCAAAGAAAUCAUUAACAGUUGGACUGAAAUGGAAGCGUAUAAAGACCAAAUCGCAGUUAACAUUCGAUACCUGAAGAAUUCACAAUUACCGCAUUUCGUUAACCCAAGACGCAAGAGGACUAUAGAAGAAACGGAAUGAUGUCA